UGUUUUAGGGAGGUAGGGUUCUAAUCAAACACAUUUAUGUUGAUAAAACAGUAUGAAUAUAUUGAAUUCCUGUACAUAAAACAAAUAAUCACAAUUUAAAAUUUAAUAAAGGCUUUCAUAUAAACAUAGUAAAAUGUGAACCCCAGCGAGCGAAGUCAAAGUAUAUAUAGCUGCGUAAGUCAUGGAUACUUUUGAUGACGUCAUAAAGUGAUGAUGUCAGCAUUUUGUUUCCUAACAUAAGUCAGUUACUUUACAAAAUGAAAAUGAACUUACAUGCUCAUUUUAAUAUUUUUUCAAUGAUUCUUUUUUUUUUCUUUUUUUUUAAUGAGAGGCAUCUUUAUCGGAUUCAUUCUUUAUCCUGACAAAAUUCCAUGGUGCCAGAGUAGUCGGCUAUUUUGGAACAUCAUGGACACCAUUGUGACGUCACGGUAUUGUCGCUGCAUACGCUAAUGCCGUCAAGACGCGCUUUUCCAAAGCAGACAAAAGUGGUGAAAUCCUGUGAUAACAGAGAGUUCAAUAUGCACGGAGAAGAAAUUCGAUUCGCACCGAAAUGGUGUGUCCCAAAAUGGUUCCAAAAACCAAAGGAGGAGAGAUUAGCAUUCCUGGGGGUGCCGAUCUCACUGGGGAAGUCUAGAGCUCUCGAAACCACGCCCAUCGACAAUACUGACAACACUCCGUCUCCUGCCGUGAAUGAGAGACCCCGAACCAACACUGCCACGAGGUUCAGAGAGAUGGUUAAGUCUGCUGCAGCAGAAUAUGCUCUAGAAGAUGCAGAGUUCACUCCUUCAACGUCGAUCCUCAACGCCGACGCGGGGAACCUCACUGGUGCCACCCACACAGAGACAGCACAACGUGCAUCUGAGAAACUGGAAGGGGACGCCAAACUAAGCACAACAAUGCCCUCAGAUUCCCCUUGGAAUGUCGUGGGAGAGCACACACAAGGACCAAUGUCACACACCAAAGCAUCCAAGUGGACUCAGAUGGCAAUGCUCCUGCAGGACACUGACGGGGAUCCAGUCCAGCAUCUCAUGCAUUUCUGUCCAUCCCCCGAGCCAAGUCCAAGACAGCAGCCUCGUUCUCGUUGGACCCAACAGGCCUUGACCCUUUUGGAAAAAGACAGCAGCAGCCCCUCUUUGACAGAGGAGGUUGUUCCCCAGGAUGUUCUUGAGAAGCAAGGGUCCACUGGUUCUUUCUCAGGAGAUACUCCGUCCAAAACCUUCUUUAAAACUCUAUUCGGCCUUGACUUUGAAAUUCCAACCCUCUACGAAUUGAUAAACCCGCCUAUAAUUCCAAGCUCCAUGGUGAAGAGCGAUGCUCUCAAGAAUGGUGCGUUUCCAGUUGUUUUGGGAAGAGGUUCAUUUGGUCGAGUCAUCAGGGCAAGUCUCACCGACAGCCAAGGACACACCCAGAACAUCGUUGUGAAGGAAAUCUUCGACUGUAAAAAUCAUGUUGAUGUCAUCUUUGAAGAAGCCAGGAUGAUGUUGUAUCUCUCAAGGACCGGCUAUGUCCCUUCCUGUUUUGGGGUAGUGAGUGAAGGGGUGGGGGAAGCCACUGGUAUUCUCAUGGAGUGUGUUGGGGACGGCCUGACGCUGGAGAGGUACCUGUGGGGCAGAAAAGGCAGGUUAGCACCUAUCUGUCUACUCCACAUUGCCAGACAACUUGCUGAGGGGCUGCGGGAGAUCCACAGUCUGGGCGUACUCCUCAACGAUAUCAAGGCAAAUAAUGUUCUGUUAGACAUCACUGAUGGCAUUCCAAAAGUCAAAUAUUGUGACUUUGGCCAAGCAAGAUAUGGACACGGAGUAACAAUCUCCAGAAGAGUCACCGGCAAUCGGUACCUAUACCUGGCCCCUGAGGUUCGUAAUGGCGGCGUAUCCUGCUUGAAGUCAGAUGUCCAUAGUGUAGGGUUUCUGUUCAUGGUACUCUCGGACUUUGGAGGAUCUGAUGCCCUUGUUCCAGCAGUGAAGCGAUGCAUGGUAGAAGACAUCAGUCUCAGGAUCAACGCCGAGGACUUGGCUCUCAUGGUGGAUAAGAUCUUUAAUGAUCAUCUUGAAAUAUUUGUGUUACCUGAUGGUCGGAUACAAACCAAUCUGGGGAUGUCAGCGUUCGGCGAGGGGGACAGGACAGGUCAAUGUUCCCGUGACAAGAUGGGAAAUGCUCUCGGUGAAAAUGAAAAAGUCUUGCCUGCCAGCAUACUAUGUAGAUCCAGGACACCAUCUCCACAGGUCUCUGUGAACCUAUCAGCAAACCCGAAGAGUGAGAUAGUUGUAUUAAGUGACAGCAAGGCCUCCUCAUCUAUGGACAAAUGUAUAACCUCAAUGCCAGUGUAUGAAGCACACCCUAGCAGUUCCUCAUCUUCUGUCAGCAGCAAAGAACCAAUUACUCCAUCCAAACAUCGCGUUCCAAGGUCUAGAUACCGCCUUCAAAGAGACUCGGCUCCUUGUCUGUCCCCACAGUAUGACGCAGAUGAUGAACUAUCUGGUGAUGAAAGUCAGCCCCUGGUCACGUCCAGGAGGUCCCCAAGUCUCAAUGCAGAUGAUGAACUAUCUGGUGAUGAAAGUCAGCCCCUGGUCACGUCCAGGAGGCCCCCAAGUCUCAAUGCAGAUGAUGAACUAUCUUGGAAUGGCGAUCACUCUGUGACCACAUCGUACUGGGGGCGCUGCAGUGUCUCACCUGGUCACGUGUCGUCAGUGUCUCUGGACUCGGAGGACCCUGUACAGUCCGAGAACUUUGAAUCAAUGUCUGUUAUCCUUUUGUUUAUUGUGUUUAUGGCCAUGUUGUUAAAACUGUUUCUACUAUGUUGUUUUUAAGUUGGAAUAUUGUUUACGUACUUAUAAUGAUCAAAAUAGAGCUAUUUUGCUUGUUACUAUAUAAAUAUAUUUCAUAUUCAUUAUUGUUACGCCCGAUAUAUGCUAAAAUUAU